AUGCGACUAAUGUUAAUAAUGUUACUCGUGUCAGCAUUAAUCAGCGCUGGAAGUGGAGAUAAUCAAGCAGGUGGCGGUCCAGGCAACGGAGGUCCAGGCAACGGAGGUCCCGGCAACGGAGGUCCAGGCAAUGGAGGUCCAGGCAAUGGAGGCCCAGGCAACGGAGGUCGAGGCAAUGGAGGUCCAGGCAACGGAGGUCCAGGCAAUGGAGGUCCAGGCAAUGGAGGCCCAGGCAACGGAGGUCGAGGCAAUGGAGGUCCGGGCAAUGGAGGCCCAGGCAACGGAGGCCCAGGCAAUGGAGGUCCAGGCAAUGGAGGCCCAGGCGACGGAGGCCCAGGCAACGGAGGUCCAGGCAACGGAGGUCCAGGCAACGGAGGUCGAGGCAAUGGAGGUCCAGGCAACGGAGGUCCAGGCAAUGGAGGUCCAGGCAACGGAGGUCCAGGCCAUGGAGGUCCAGGCAACGGAGGUCCAGGAAAUGGAGGCCCAGGCAAUGGAGGCCCUGGCCAUGGAGGUCCAGGCCACGGAGGUCCAGGCAAUGGAGGCCCAGGAAAUGGAGGUCCAGGCAAUGGAGGCCCUGGCCAUGGAGGUCCAGGCAAUGAAGGCCCUGGCCAUGGAGGUCCAGGCCACGGAGGUCCUGGCCAUGGAGGUCCAGGCCAUGGAGGUCCAGGCCAUGGAGGUCCAGGCAAUGGAGGCCCAGGCCAUGGAGGUCCAGGCCACGGAGGUCCAGGCCACGGAGGUCCAGGCCACGGAGGUCCAGGCCACGGAGGUCCAGGCAAUGGAGGUUCAGGCCGUGGAAAUCAUCAAUGUGACGACUUUUGCGGCGAAACAUAUCAAAUCAAAAUACGCUUUGGCGUUGGCGUUGGCGAUGGCUACGAAUUAUUCACGCUUCAUAAAGACCACACAGUUAAUAUAAUUGACAAUGGAGAAAAUAAUAUGAGUCCAGCACCAGGAAUUGAAAGUCAACCAUUCACUUCUCAGCUUGGAGAAUGGAGAUGUGUUGGAAGAAAUCGAAUUCAAAUCCGCACUGCUAAUUAUAAUCAUCAGGUUCCUGGUAGUUCCACUCCAAGUACAUUAUCCUUUAAUUAUUAUGUUUUGACUUUCACAAGAAAUGGUAAAGAUGUGCAAGGAUCAUUGAAAUUCGAAUAUUAUCGUCUCGGUAGUUAUCCACUUGAUCGCGAUUCGCGACCAUUACCUAACCGUUCAUUUGGACCAUACCAAGUCAACGGCAAACAAUUCGAUUUCUUUAGACCCUAG